GGUUGCAUUCCAUGCUUGACAAAUAUUAUCCUAUUACGAAAACCUGGACUUUCUUUUCACCUUCCAUAUCUAUUCGUCAUCCAGAUGAUUUAGAGGAACGUGUGAGGAUUAAAGCCAAUACCGUGAUACAAGAGAACAAAGGAAAACUUACUAUGAAAUUGUUGCAAAAUUUACUAUAUUUAGAUAGAUGUUUAAAGAAAACGCUACGUAUAUAUGCCAGCGUAUCUUAUAUAUCACGAUAUACUGCGGAGGAUGUAAAACUUCAGUCGUAUGUAAUAUCUGCUGGAACGAGUAUACAUCUUAAUAUCUUCGGAAUUCAUAGAGAUCCUAAUUUCUGGCCAAAUCCGGAAGUGUUCAAUCCGGAUAGAUUUUUGCCCGAUAGGAUCCAGGCUCGUCAUCCUUAUUCCUAUCUACCGUUCAGCGUAGGGCCGCGGAAUUGCAUAGGUCGACGAUACGGUAUGCUGGAGAUGAAAGCUAUAAUGGCUCUGCUUGUACAUAAUUUUUAUUCGAAGCCUGUUGAUUGUUUAAAAGACAUCCAGCUGAAAACCGACAUAAUACUUCGUCCUUUUCAUCCAGUUCAUAUAAAAUUCGUUCCAAUCAAAUGCUAAUGAUUGUUUAAAACGAACACGGAUAUCACAAAAAGGCAAAAAAUUCAUAUCUUGC